GUGUUGCCUUUUUUUCUUCCCCGUUUCCUCUGCGUCCUGGACCCUUACCCAUAAUUCCUUUCGCCUUUGGGGGCCUAGAUCUAUUACCCACAAGGCCCCGGCUGGAGGGUUUAACUAAUGACGACCUUCUUCGGUUUAUCGGAGACUUACUGCGACCCCUGCCUUGUUCUCUAAGGUUUGGGACACCAGCCACCACUGCUCUGGAUCUCCCUCGUCAGUUUCCUUGAUUUUCUCCCAUAAGCCCCCAGGGAACCUCUCAGUCCCAUAGCUCCUUGCUCAGGACUCUGAGACUUAACUACUUAGAAACCCUUUUUCAGUUUUUGUUUCCCCUUACAGGCUUUGCCUCACCCUCACACAGCUCUCUCCCAAGAAGUUGCUUUUUCAUUCAGAUUCACCAUUUUUAUCUGUGACUUAGGAUCACUCUGUGCCCUUACAGAACCUAUUUUAAUACUGAGAUUCUGCCUCUAUUUUACUCUAUUGGGAGUGAAGGGAUUGUAGAGGCUUCAUCUCCACCAGCCCAACCUAACAUAAGGCCGGUUCGCUUUUGCUGUCAGAGUUGGCAAGAUGACUCAGUUCCUGCCACCCAACCUUUUGGCCCUCUUUGCUCCCCGGGACCCCAUCCCAUACCUGCCACCCCUGGAGAAACUGCCACAUGAAAAACACCACAAUCAACCUUACUGUGGCAUUGCGCCCUACAUCCGAGAGUUUGAGGACCCUCGAGAUGCCCCUCCCCCAACACGAGCAGAAACUCGUGAGGAACGCAUGGAGAGGAAGAGACGGGAAAAGAUUGAGAGGCGACAGCAGGAAGUGGAGACAGAGCUAAAAAUGUGGGACCCUCACAAUGAUCCCAAUGCUCAGGGUGAUGCCUUCAAGACUCUUUUUGUGGCUAGAGUGAACUAUGACACAACAGAAUCCAAGCUCCGGAGAGAGUUUGAAGUAUAUGGACCCAUCAAAAGAAUACACAUGGUCUACAGUAAGCGGUCAGGGAAGCCCCGAGGCUAUGCCUUCAUCGAGUACGAACAUGAACGAGAUAUGCAUUCCGCUUACAAGCACGCAGACGGCAAGAAGAUUGAUGGCAGGAGAGUCCUUGUGGAUGUGGAGAGGGGCCGAACCGUGAAGGGCUGGAGGCCCCGGCGACUAGGAGGUGGCCUCGGUGGUACCAGAAGAGGUGGGGCUGAUGUGAAUAUCCGGCAUUCUGGCCGGGAUGAUACCUCCCGCUAUGAUGAGAGGCCGGGCCCCUCCCCGCUUCCACACAGGGACCGGGACCGGGACCGCGAGCGGGAGCGUAGGGAGAGAAGCCGCGAGCGAGACAAGGAACGAGAACGGCGACGCUCCCGCUCUCGGGACCGGCGGCGGCGCUCCCGGAGUCGCGACAAGGAUGAGAGGCGGCGUUCCAGAGAGCGUAGCAAGGACAAGGACCGGGAACGGAAGCGGCGAAGCAGCCGAAGCCGUGAGCGGGCUCGACGGGAGCGGGAGCGCAAGGAGGAGCUGCGUGGUGGCGGAGGUGGUGGCGACAUGGCAGAGCCCUCUGAGGCUGGUGAUGCACCUCCUGACGAUGGGCCUCCUGGGGAGCUGGGUCCAGAUGGCCCUGAUGGUCCAGAGGAGAAGGGCCGGGAUCGUGACCGGGAACGACGUCGGAGCCACCGGAGCGAGCGGGAUCGACGCCGGGACCGAGACCGAGACCGGGAUCGCGAGCACAAGCGGGGGGAGCGGGGUAGUGAACGGGGCAGGGAUGAGGCCCGAGGUGGGGGUGGGGGUGGCCAGGACAACGGGCUGGAGGGUCUGGGCAAUGAUGGCCGAGACAUGUACAUGGAGUCUGAGGGAGGCGACGGGUAUCUUGCUCCAGAGAACGGGUAUUUGAUGGAGGCUGCACCAGAGUGAAGAGGCCUCACCUGUUUGGACGUGUUCCUACCCACCCGUUGCUGUCAUCCUCUCCCCAACCUUGGUCACCGCCUAAGUUUGCCAUCCAUGGGUAGGAGUCUCCUUUGUUCUGGUUCCUUGAAUUUAAAAAUAAAAUUAAUUUCCUGUUAAUGGG